AUGACCUCGCCUUCCACUCAAGACGCGACUAACGCACCAGCGCAGGUGCCUACAAUCCCAGGCUCUCAACCUCCCAACGACUCAGUCAAUACUGGAGGGCCUGCGGCUCCCGGCAGCGCCGUAGAUGCAUCGUCUAUGGAUGUCUCUGGCGCGCUUGCAUACCUCGAUUCCGUUCGCGACCAAUACAGAGACAGAGCAGCAGUGUAUGACGAGUUCUUGGAAAUUAUGAAGGAAUACAAACAAGGAAGGGUAGACCGUUUGGAUGUCGUACGGCGCAUUUCUCGCCUCUUCCUCGAAUCCCCUUACCAUAUCGAGAGAUUCAGCGCUUUCCUCCCGCCUGCCCUCCAGUUAGAGAUUUCUAGCGCCGAUCCCGACCACCCCGUCAUCAAUUUGAACACCCGUAACCCAGGCGGCACCCUGGAAACACUCCCAAUUGCUCUUUCAGACGAAGAAACGGCACGGCUAGCGACGGCAUUGCGAGGACAGCCAUCCAUUGUCUCCCAUCAAGCCGCCCAGCAACAAGGACCUGAGUUCAUGGACGCCAUCACCUUCCUGGACAAGGUCAGAGCGCGGUACGGGAGGGAAGACAAUUCUUUGUACCGGUCUUUCCUGGACCUUAUGCAAAAACAGCAAAAGGGUGAAAUCACUUUGGAUGAGAUGACGCUCGAAGUUGAGGUAUUGUUCAGGAACGCCCCCGACUUAUGGAACGACUUUCAGGCCUUCCUUCCGACGCUGAGGGCCAAUGCAAUCUUAGCGACCGUGUAG